AUGGGCAAGAAAAGACGCGGACCCACGUUAGAAGAAGUACUAGCUCGCCCGUGGUGCUACUACUGCGAGCGCGACUUCGACGACCUCAAGAUUCUUAUCUCACAUCAGAAAGCCAAACACUUCAAGUGCGAGCGAUGCGGGCGUAGGCUCAACACUGCGGGUGGCUUGUCCGUGCAUAUGAGUCAGGUACACAAGGAACAGCUUACGGCGGUCGACAAUGCUCUGCCGAAUCGAUCUGGUCUCGAUGUCGAGAUCUUCGGAAUGGAGGGUGUCCCCGAGGAUGUGAUCCAGGCGCACAACCAGCGGGUCGCGACGCAAUUUCAGCAGGCGGAGGCCGAGCGGCAGGCCGUGACAGGCAAUCCGCCUCCCGGGACGACAGCCGCGGGCGGACAACCGGCGAAGAAGCCUAAGCUGGAGAGCGUGUCGGAUCUCAAAAAACGGCUGGCGGAACAUAAGGCAAAGAUGGCCGAGGCUCGUGCGGGCGGCAGCAGUGGCGAGGCCACGCCUGUGGGAGCCGGGCAGACGCCGACGAUGGGUGGAUAUGCUGCAACCUCCACUGCACCAGCGCCUGCGACCACUACCUCCCAAUUCUCAUACCCUCAGCCCUACGGCGCCCCCGCCGCCACCGCUUCUCCCUUCCAGCAAUCCCCUCAACAAACGGCCAGCCCCGUGUAUCCGACCUUCUCGCCUGGCGGCCAGGCCACUGCGCAGUAUUCCCCCGCUACAGCCUUUUCCCCGCAGCCGUACCCGACUGCAGUCCCUGGCCAACCGCCGUACGGUGGUGCUCCCUCGCCAUACCCGACGCAACAGCCUCCACCGCAAACACACACUCCGCCUCAGCCCGGAGGCGCAUUCCCGCCUCGUUCUGUCGGCUUACCUGCCGCGCCUGGUCUUCCUCAGCGUCCAGCGGUCGGGGCACCGCAGGUCAACGCAUACCAGAUGCAACAGAUGCACAUGGGCCACACGAUUCCUCCGAGUACGACCAUGAACGGGGCCGACAAGGCUCCAGGAGCGGCGGAAGGCGCCGGGUUUUCUGGCUCUGUGGACGAUCUGAUUUCCGGGGCAGCGAAACAGGUGGAAGCGGCGGCGGCGACCCCUCCCACGACGACCACAACCGCGGGCAAGCCCGUCGAAAGCGCGGAGCAGAAGCCCAAGAAGGAUAAGUCCAAGGCGCGACUGGUGUACUCGGACAACGAGACCAGUCCGGAGGAGAAGAUGGCAAGGUUGUCAAGGUACGCAUAUGUUCCUGACCAGCGAGGGGAGACGGUACUUGAAGAGCUUCCAUCCGCGGUAGUGGUGGGAGCGAUCCGGGAAUCGGAUACGGUGGUGGAUGCGACGGAUUAG